CAGAGAAAAAAUAAUCAAAAGACGCUAGUAAACAUUUGCCGAUCAGUAGACUUCCGUCUCAUUACGCGAAUUUAUUAGAUUUGUUGCCGGCGACACCCUCAACCCGCGUCCGAAUUUUGUUGCGUCUCGUUUAUUGUGUUUAUUAUUGCCGGUUUGCCCCCGGCGACGGAUUAUCAUUGCCCAUCGUCUUCGAACUGUUGCGGACUAUUUGGCAAUGAGACAACUAUCGAGCCAGACAAUCUGGAAAAGCGCCGCGUUUUGACUAGGCCAAUUGCGCGUCGUAGAUAAUCGCAUCCAUACGCGACAUUAAUCGCGGACCACCCACACCCUGGCGAUGCAACCGCUCAAGAUGAUCCGCACGCCGGACCCACACCAUUUCGUCAUGUUUCAGGAUGACGAAUGCAACGUGUUCAACUGCAGUUCCCUACACGCACAGGGUAGAUGCGCCCGGAACAAGGUACCUGACUUCAGGGAGGUGCUGCAGAACCACUCGAUUAACUCACUCAUUGCCAGAGGGAUUCUGCACAGGAACAAAACGCAGAAGAUAGAAUUGCUCGGGCUUAAUUCGCCGCGUGGACUGCUGGCCGGCGGCUUUGGUAAUGAGGGCGGCGAGUUUCCAACAUCGCCCAUGUUGACCAGCACGCCUAACGGAGGUUUUCAGUUUAAAUAUGACGACAAAUCAUUUAACUAUGCGUCUGCUGCCUCGUCGUCGUCCACAAAGCGGCAUCCGAUGGCGCCCAACAAUGCCAAUCAACACAAAUCUAUCAGUGACUCUUCAGCUUCAUCGUACAAAUCACUGAGGAGCACCAGCAACUCAUUGAGCAGUGGCAGCAACAGUCCGAGCGUAUUCGAUUCCUAUUAUGGUGGGAAUCUCAGUUUUGGAACGGAUUCUGAUAACAGUGCCGUCUCGAGUCCAGAUGGCAGCCUAACAGAAAUUUUGAAUUCAUUGACGUUGAACGAAAGUUUUGCCCGUUCAUGCCUGAAUAGUAACGUGGACAUGGUAAAUUUGCAAAAUUUACAAGCGAACCACGCGUGCAAUUACCUGCAGCAGUCGUCGCCAUCUUUGCUGUCUAGCUCCGCCUGUUCGCUUAACUCGUCGAAUCAGGUGACUCUCAAGUGGGGCGGCAACAGUUUGAACAGCGAGAACUCACAGUUGGACCGAGCUGCGCGCUUCCAUCGCAGCGCUGCGACCGUUUACGAUGCUACCUGCACCUGGAGCGGUAUUCUUCCCGAACGCAAGGUGAAGCCGACUGGCUUUUCCUCGAAGGUGUUUUUGGGCGGCGUACCGUGGGACAUCUCUGAACAACUGCUUGUGCAGACAUUCAAACCCUUCGGGCCCAUACGUGUAGAGUGGCCCGGUAAGGAUAAGCAGGCGACCCAACCAAAAGGCUAUGUGUAUGUCAUCUUUGAAUCGGAGAAGGAUGUCAAGUCUCUGCUGCAGGCAUGCACAAGUGACUUUAACAAACCGGACAAUUGGUAUUACAAGAUGUCGUCGAAGCGCAUGCGCGCCAAGGAAGUCCAAGUGAUUCCUUGGAUACUCAACGAUUCCAACUACACGAAAUCGACAUCGCAGAAACUGGAUCCCAGUCGCACUGUCUUUGUGGGUGCGCUGCACGGUAUGCUGAACGCUGAAGGCCUCGCCAGGAUUAUGAACGAUCUAUUUGACGGUGUGGUCUACGCUGGCAUCGAUACCGACAAGUACAAGUAUCCCAUUGGAUCGGGCCGUGUUACAUUCAACAACAGUCGCUCCUAUAUGAAGGCGGUUGCGGCGGCGUUCAUCGAAAUCAAGACUGGCAAGUUUACCAAAAAGGUUCAAGUGGAUCCAUACUUGGAGGACUCGCUCUGCUCGAUUUGCGGUGUUCAGCAGGGACCGUACUUCUGUCGAGAACUAACGUGCUUCCGAUACUUCUGCCGUGCCUGCUGGACUUGGCAACAUAACCUCGAAUACAGGCAGCACAAACCGUUGAUGCGCAACUCGAAGAAUUCGACCAUUCUCGGCUUGUGCAACGAGUCGCAUUACAAUUGAGGUGCGCAGCGAGUAAGCAAACUUACCCUUGUACACCACCACUAUCAUCUUACACCACUCUCAGAUUCACAAACCACAAACGGGCGUUUUUAAAGCUUUGAUCUCUCACUCAACAAGGUUCGCGCAACCUGCCACACUAAUUGUAGAACAUUUUGCGUACGUACGUUUCGCGUUAAUUCUAAUUAUGACUUGUUAAUUGUUGGUUAGUUAUUUUUCUUCUUUGAGAAGCAGUUGUGUUGUUAGUUUGGUACAAUUUUCUAGUUACCAAUAUUGGUUUUUAUGUGAAAUUACUAUAAAAGUUCGAAAUCUUAAUGCUUACCUGAAAGGUAGAGUUGGGGGACAUUCGUACAACGGGGCGCGUGUAUAUCAAUUUAGAUUUGAAAGUUACAAGUUACAACAGCAACAAAAUUUGCGCAUAGUUGGGCUUUUCUAGAUUUUAAGUGUUGGUUGUUUGAGGCUGAUGUCUCAUUCUACCCCAAGUUUUUCUUAUUGAUGUUACAACUUAAUUAUUAAUCUUAUUAAUUAAUGGGAGAAGGCAGAGAUUUUGAUAUUUGCUUCAAUUUCGUAAUUUUUUUAACUAACUAAGUGUUGAUUAUGUUGAUCUAAUUGAAUUUGAUGAAUCAGUUUGUCAGAUAAUUUCUUAUAAAUGGCGACGUUAGAUUUAUUAGUUAGAACGACGCUCAAUUACUUACUCUUGCACACGAAUUACGUUUCUAUUAUAUCUUAUGUUUCCGACUGGCGAACAUAUUAAAUUGAAACUGAUUGUCUCGAUGCAGACUUUUAUUUGUUGAAAUUUGAUUCCGCAGUCAUGAUCGUCGACAAUCAGACAAUUAUUAAUACAAAUAUUGAUUGUUCUUAAAUAAUUCUUAAAUGCGUAAUUCAUAAUCAUUCUUAACUGCUAGUUUGUUAUUGUUUAAUUCUUUUUUUUUUUCAAAAAACCUAAAAAAAUCUUUUAAAAAUACAAAAAAAUUAUAUACGUUUCACGAUGUACGUACGGAAAGAAACUUAAACGCCCGCUCCGGUGAAUUUACACACACAUACAACGUAUAUUAUUAUGUUAUAAUAUAUAUUAUAGAGUUUUGAUAAAAUUUUUGAUGAAAAUUGAUUAAAAAGUUGCAACUUU